ACGGAAAGUCAACUUUGUUUUGUUUGACUCCAUUGUUGAAUUUUUUCCUUUGUUUAGAAACCACCUUCAUCCAUAUAGUCCACAAUUUUCUGGUUUUCUUUAAUUCCAUACUCCUCCUCUUUGAUCAGGUAAAUGAUCUCACAUCCUACCUAUGAAAACCUUUUGUUCAUCAACUAUGAAACACAUAUGUCAACUGGAACACAAUCUUGACGCCUUAAACGACGCGUUGCACAAGCUCAAGAUUAAGAUAGAAAACAUACAAACUAGCGUUAAAAUUCAAGAAAAUCCAUACGAGCAGCCUACUUACCAAGUUGUCGACUGGCUCUACCGGGCAGAACUUCUGGAAUCACAGGUGAGUAAAGUACUCGCCCAGGGUGAAGAAAAACUCCGAAAUGAAAAGUACGGGUGUUGCUGUCUGAUGAGAUGUUCAUUCAGCUAUAAAUUGGGGAAAUUAGUUUACCAUAAGAUCGAGACGGUUAAUCGGAUUUUAAUUGAGAGUAAUUUUGAUGCUGUGGUUCUGAGACUGCCUCAUGAUUCUGUGGAGGUGAUUCAUGUGGAGACGACUGUGGGAUUUGAGUCGAAUUUGGGGGAGGUAUGGAGACGCCUCGGCGACGAAAGUGUUGGAGUUGUUGGAGUUUAUGGGAUGGUUGGAGCUGGUAAAACUACUCUGUUGAACAAGAUUAGAGAUGAGCUGGUUGUGCAAGGAUUUGAUUUUCAGGUGGUGAUUUGGGUUCAGGUUUGUAGAGGAGCAGGGUUUGAUGGAAUUCAGAAUGCUAUUCAUAAGAAGUUGGGGAGUCCUGAUGAGAGAUGGAGGGUCAAAAGUGUGAAAGACAGAGCUUUGGUGGUUUCGGAAUUGUUGGGGGAGAAGAAGUUUAUAUUGUUUUUAGAUGACUUAUGGGAUAGGUUGGAUCUCGUAAAAAUUGGAGUUCCUUUGCGUAAUGAGAAUGGUUCUAAGAUUGUGUUUGCUACAAGAUCUGAGGGUGUUUGUAAUGAGAUGAAAGCUCAAGUGAAGGUGAAAGUGAAUUGUAUGCCGCGGGAGGAAGCGUUAAAGUUGUUCUGGAUGAAUGUUGGAGAAGACAAUGCUAAUUAUCAUGAUCAGGUGGAAUAUCUUGCUGAUGUUAUUCACACACAAGUUUGCCAAGGUUUGCCACUUGCUCUAGUUGUUAUCGGGCGGGCAAUGGGGCGAAUGAGGAGUCAUAGGGAGUGGGAGCUUGCAGCAAGCACGCUAAAGAAUGAUCCAGGAAGGCUGCCAGGUAUGAAACAUAUAUUUCACAUUCUUGAUACUAGUUAUGGGAGCAUGGAGGAUGAUGUUCUCAUUAGAAAUUGUUUCUUGUAUUGUUGCCUACUACCUGGAAUGGUUAGAAAAGAUGAACUAAUUAGCCUAUGGAUUGGUGAAGGAUUUCUUGAUAUGUCUAAUAAGAAUUUGGGAGAAUACAUUAUUAAAAGGUUAGAACUUUCAUGCUUAUUAGAGAGUGAUGAAAUAAGUGAUUGUGUCGGUAUGCACAGGGUCUAUCGUGCUUUUGGCUUGUGGUUAGCUAGUGAAUAUGGCAAAAAGAAGGAUGAGAUCUUCUUACAAGAUCAGAGGUAUGAGAAGUGGACAAAGGCUGUAAGAAUAUCAAUAUCUGGUCUGGUUGGUGUGAUGCCUCCUUCCAAUCCCUGUCCCUUGGUCCAAACAUUGCUUAUUAGGGAUACCAACCUGAGCGUAUUUCCAGCAGCGUUUUUGCAAUCUAUGAAUGCUUUGCGAGUUUUGGACUUAUCAGGAAACAAGAUAUUAGAUGAAUUAUCACUUAGCAGUAUUGGGGUCUUAAUCAACCUGCAAUAUCUCAAUCUUUCUUAUACAAGCUUAAGAGAACUACCAACUGAAGUGAAAACUUUAAAAAAGUUGAAGGUUUUACUUUUGGAUUAUACUGAAAAUUUGCUAAUUAUAUGUAAAGGAUUGAUUUCAAGCCUUUCCUCACUACAAUUAUUUAGCAAGUUAGGUAAUGAAAUCUUUGAUGACACAUUCCUGUUAGAGGAAUUGGAAUGCCUUGAAUAUGUGCCUCAGAUAAAUGUUUGUCUGUUUAGUCAUCAAGCUAUACAAAGAAUGGUGAGCUCUGAAAAAUUACAAAGUUGUAUCAGAAAGCUAUCUCUUAGAAAAGUAAAGGGUCUCAAAAUACCAAUUUCAAUUCUGUCAAGAAUGGUGAAUCUGGAGGAACUUACCAUAGAAGAAUGUGAAAUUCUAGCAGCUGAAACUGAGAAGGACCACUACUGUGUGUUGAAUUUCCGUGAUCUACGAAUUCGUCAUUGUUCUGCAAUCUGUAGUUUGGAGUGGCUCAUUUUUGCUCCAAAACUUCGGACUCUCGACUUGAGUAGCUGUGAAUCAUUACUUGAAGUUAUAGGGAAAGAUUUUAGAUCGGAGGAAAUCAAAGAAAUCGAUGAACGCCUGGGAAUAUUCUCAAGUGUGCAGCAGUUACGUUUACAAAAUCUACCAUCUCUUGAGCGCAUUUGUCCUCAAAUUCUGCACUUCCCAGUUCUCAAGGAUUUACUUGUAAUUGGCUGCCCAAGACUACUGAAGCUUCCACUCGAUUCACGAUGCAUAAACGUGUUAAAGCAAAUUAAAGGAAGCAGAGCCUGGUUGGAUCAAUUGCAUUGGGAGGAUGAAAAUGUUAGAGCCGUAUUCUAUUCGAAAUUUCAAGAUUGCAUUGAACCUGGAGGAGUUCAACACUCCACUGACUCUGUGAGUUCGUCUCCGCAUACAGUCAUAGAGGAGCAACAAAACCUAGAGCCUCUAAACAUUCGAGUUGAGGAUGAAAUCGUUCCAGUUAAACAUAAAAGUGGCACGUCCCACCUGAGUGUCCCAUCUGCAGGAACUGUUCUUUCAAUGAUGAAAAGGAAAUCAGUGCUGGAGCCUCGUGUGGGCAAGCAUAGUAUUGUAAUUGUUUCACCAAAGCCCUUUACCUAUAAAGAACUAAAACAGGCAACUAACAAUUUCUUAAACCAAGUUGGCGCUGGUGGUUAUGGUAAAGUGUACAAGGGAAUUUUAACAAAUGGUGAAGUCAUUGCAGUUAAGAUAUUUAAAAAUGAGUCUUCUAGAUCAAGCUUGGGGUUUCAGACAGAGAUGAAAAUCGCUGGUCGGAUCCAUCAUCGAAAUGUUGUCAAGUUGGUCGGAUCCUGCAUUCAUAAAGUUCAUCAAAUGCUUGUUUAUGAGUUUGUUCCCAACAACACCUUAAGAUAUCACUUAUAUGAUUUGGACAAAGUAGUUAUUAGUUGGUCAAAAAGAAUGAAAAUUGCAUUAGGCACCGCAAAAGGAUUGGCAUAUUUGCAUGAAGGCUGUUCACCCAGGAUCGUUCACAGGGAUAUUAAGCCAUGUAAUAUUCUUAUUGACUAUAACUUUGAACCAAAGAUUACAGACUUUGCAACUGCAGUAGAAUUUUCAGAUGAUGAUUCUGAUAUUGAAGCUGAUAUCACUGGAACUAUGGGUUAUUUGGAUCCAGAGUAUUUAAUAAAGAACUCGGUCAGUGAUAAGGUAGAUGUCUUUUCUUUUGGUGUCGUGCUUCUGGAGUUGAUCACCGGUGAAACCCCUCAAAGACCUAUAGAGCGCUAUAACUCUGAGAAUCUACUUUUUGAGGUCAAGCGAGUUUUAGGAACCAGGGACUAUGAUUAUCUUAUUGAUCCCAAGUUGCAGAAAGAAUAUAAUGAAGAUGAAAUGCAGCGCAUGAUUUAUUGUGCCGCAGCCUGUGUUUACAAACCUGGACGAGAUCGCCCAAAAAUGAGUGAGAUAGUUGAAGCUCUACAAGGGAAUAUGCCUUUGGAGCGCAUAUGGAGCAACGAUGAUGUCAAAUUUCUGUUUCUUGACAAUUUUAAACAACCAUACGGGUCAUUUCAGGGGAGCGGUCGCUCAAGAGAAGAGAGUGAUUGGGAAGAAGUUUGGGAACACAUGGAAGAAGAGUUGAGCACGGCAAGAUAGUGAAAAGAAAGGAAUUUAUUCCUAGAUGGGUUUUUUUAUGGAUCACUCGCAUAAGACGUCAACUAUUUCUGAAUUGCGGAGUUCACUCUUGGAAAAGUGGUUAGCUCAAGCAAGAAAAAUCAGACUUUUAUUGUAAAUAACCAAGUUUUUAUCAUUUCAAGUAAUUGAUUAUGAUACAUAGGUCAAUUUUCUGUAAAGUUUCUUCAAUUUAACCAUUGAAUUUUUGCGCUCAACUAUCACCCUAGGUGGUACUGCAGCUAACAUUAGCAAUAGCGAAGAUGAUCGGCUUAAAUGUAAAUGAAUGCCGGUAAAAAGUUUUGGUAUAGGAGUUUGUUGACAAAGUCUUCAACAUAGGCAAAAUGUAUUAACUAGCUCUUGUACUCUUUAAUUCUCUAAGGUCCUACUAUUAUUUAACUACUUGUAUUGAACUAUAGGGCAUCUACUUUUGUUAA